AGAUAAGGUUAGCUCAGUCUUCUCUGCGUCUCAGUCCAAGAGUUACCACGCGCUCCGGCGUUGUUCAGGGGAGCUACUGGUGCCCACGCUGGAGAAAGUGGUUACAUUUUUAUGGAGAGAAUUUGUUGAUUAUUUAAGAAUCCCAAAAUGGCGGAGUCACCGACGGAGCCCCUCAACCCCUCCAGCGCAGAUCCUGCCAAAACCGAGAGUCCUUCGCAGCGCCGCUCGCGGUUGCUGCGGCAGGGCGGGAAAGUGUUCAUGGCGAGUCUCGGCUGCUGGGUGAUGGGUUCCAUGUUCACGUUCCCGUCCGUCGUGGCGACAGACCUCCUGCACAGCAACACGACCAUCUACGGCACGCCCAUCUCCUUCGGGAACUCGCUCGAUAUGCUGGGCAGCCUCGUCCAGCUGGGGUCGCUGCCGGGGGCGUGGGCCGUGGCGGGGCUGGCGGUCGUCCUCGGGCGGAGGUACAGCAUGAUGAUCUCAGGCUUUGUGGCUCUGCUGGCGUGGCUGGGCGUCGGGCUCUCCCCCAGCAGCAUGGGCGUGCUUGUGUCCAGAGCGGUGUCGGGGAUGGCCAUGGGCGGCCUUACGGUGGUCGUCAACAUCUAUGCCAUCGAGCUCGCGGAUCCCGACGUCAGGGGCAUGAUGGGCAUGAUGCUUAACCUGGGCAUCAUGGCAGGUCAGCUGGUGACCGUGUCCGUGGGGUACGAAACCAGGUACUUCGUAGUGGCUCUUAUUGACUCUCUCAUCCCCGCCAUCUUCUUCCUGGGGUUGAUUUGGUUACCUGAGAGUCCCUCUUUCCUCGUUCUUAAAGGACGCGACGAGGAGGCCCGGAAGGUCAUCCGUCAGCUCCGCGGCGAGCACAUCAACCUCAACGAGGAGAUCCAGAACUACCGGGCGAUGAACGAGGGGCGAGAAGGGCGCUCCGUGUGGCGGGGACUCACGCAGCCGCGGGUCCUCAAGAACCUGGGGAUCGUGUCCGUGCUCUUCGUCAUCGUCUUCUUCUCAGGAUUUUUCAUCGUUAACGCCAAUGCUUCGAGAAUGUUCAAGGCCGCGGGUUCUACCAUCGACGCAAAUUUAGCAGCCAUUAUCAUUAAUAUCGUGCAGCUAAUAGGCGGCUUCAUUGGAUUUCUAUUAGCGGAUAAAUUUGGUAGAAAAGGCCUGCUAUAUUCAGGCUUAACGCUUAUGUGUAUAUCCCUAACUGGCCUGGCGACAUACGUCGGUCUCACAGAGUCUCAUAAUGGGGACGGCUUUUCCGAGAACCUGAUGGACGACCUGCUGGGAAACACGACCGCCACGCCAUCUAUCUCGACCUUCACUAAUGAACAGAUAGACGACCUCACUGAAGGCCCAGUCGUCCACCAACACGGCUGGAUUCCGCUGGCGUGCCUCAUCGUGUGUCAGUUCGGCGCUGCGUUUGGCGUUAAUGCUAUUCCCUUCAUCCUGAGCACAGAGUAUUUCCCUACGUGGAUCAGGGCGCAGGCCAGUGGAAUCUGCUUCUCGGUCUACACAGCUGCCUCCUUCUCUGCCCUGCAGCUGUACACGCCCAUGAGGGAAGGACUCACCCAGGCAGGCCUCUACGGCUUCUACGCCUGCGUGUCCGCCGUGGGAAUCCCUUUCACCUACUUCUUUAUUACCGAAACCUCAGGCCAACAAGUGGGAUAAGGUUUCGCGGAUGGGGCUAGUGACUUUGGGCUCUACACACACACACACACACACACACACACACACACACACACACACACACACACACACACACACACACACACACACACACACACACACACACACACACACACACACACACACACACACACACACACACAAUGAUUCAUGAAUUCAUUUUUUCAUAUCUUACCCAGUGAGAGCAUUCCAUACUUGGACUGUGAACUCGUGAUAUAAUUAUGGGAAGUGGGAAUAAUAUCGAUAAAUUGUUAUGAUUUGCGCUAAAUAUAUAUAUAUAUAUAUAUAUAAAUAUAUUAAUCAAGGGAGAGCUGACUCUUCAUAAUGACGAAUAACGUAAUGAUUAUCUAGUAGAAAGCCAUUGCAGAAUGUAGAAAACGUAAAGAUAUUUAUUAUUCCAUAAUUACCAUAGGAAUAAGCAAUGAAGAAUGCGUAAUAACUAUUGGUUGUGAAAAGAUUCGGGGAAAAAUCACACGAACACAUUAAUGAAGACUCGGGAGCUUGUACUCUUGAAAUAAUCAUAUAAAAAGGAAAAAUACCAGAAAAAAUAUGGACAGAAAAAUCACUGAUCAUAUAAAUUCGAAUAACAAUUAAAAAUACUACUAUAUAGAGGAUAUCAAAACUGAAUUUUCGAAAUUUUCGAAAAUUUGGUAACUGUAGCGUUGUUACGAAAGUAUGCAGUAUUCAAUGUUAAUAUAAACUUUUCUAAGCUCUAUCAGUGUUGCCAACGAGCAAUGAACCUCCUCUACAGUUGCCCCCCAAAACUCCUGUGAAACAUACAUUACGUGUUUCAGAUACAGGAGUCGAAACUGCCGGUUCACACACAAGCAGAACUGAGUGGUAAACUUGGAGGGGAAGACAUAGUACACUAAUAAUGAAAAAUGUAUCUGUUGAGCGGAUAGUGAAAAAAAAAAACUUGCGCAGUGAAUGAAUAUGUAUCGCGUAGGGUGAGGGGAAGGUAAAUAAUUCGUUGUAUAUCAUAAAUUAUAUACAGUUACUGAAAAAAAUAACGUUAGCCAGUGACAUUGUGCAAUAUACAUUAUGAAAAAUUCCUUUUGUACAUUUUGGAGAGAGAGAGAGAGAGAGAGAGAUAGAGAUAGAUAGAUAGAGAGAUAGAGAGGAGAGAGAGAGAGAGAAGAGAGAGAGAGAGAGAGA